GAUUUGACACAUGAUAUGAGCUUGUUUUCAUUGUUUUUUUUUUUUAUUUAAAUGUUUUGGAAGUUUAUGAAAUUAUACAUAAUUGCAAAUAAGUGUAUAAUUUUUUUAAUAACAAGUAUUUUAACAUAAUAAAUUGUAGUUCGAUUGUUUAUACUUUAUGUUAAUUGUGUUUAUAGUUAAAGUAAAGUAAACGAUGGGUAAGAAGUAUUACUGUGAUUAUUGUGAUAAAUCCAUGGUAGCCACACAGUCUAUUAUAAGAACUCAUAUUAAAGGAGUGGUACAUCAGAAAUUGGUCAAUGAACAUUAUCAACAAUAUAAAGAUCCUGAAACGAUACUACAAGAAGAGAGUAUGAAAAAACCGUGUACAAGAUUUGCGAGGGGUGAAUGUCAAUUUGGUGGCAUAUGUAGAUACUCACAUUACACACAAGAACAAAUAAUGAAUCUUAGAGCUUACAUGGCAACAAAAAGUAAAACCACAGACAACAACCCACCAUCGUUUGAAGACCUUUAUAAAAAAUUACAAAAUGAUAAAAGCACAAUAUCUAGUAUGGAUGAUAAAAAUACAAUGAUUUAUGAUGAAAAUGGUGUCACUCAUGUUUUACCGUGGAGCUAUAAUCACAUAUUUGAUGCAUAUGGAAACAAUUUACCACCGAGCAUAAAAAAAUUUAAAACAAGUGAUUUUUCUGAUGCAGUGAUUACCAACUGGGGUUGAAGAAUAAAAGGAAAAUUUUAUAGUGAGUUAACUUUUAUUAC